AUGAUUUAUGGUAGAUGUGCCGCUUGCAAGAGUCAAAGAAGAAAAUGUCCUUCUGAUUGCAUUUUCUUUCCUUAUUUCCCUGCCAAUGAUCCUCAAAGAUUUGCUUAUGUUCACAAAAUCUAUGGUGGUAGCAAUGUUGGAAAAAUGCUUAAGCAAUUGCCUUAUUAUGUAAGAGAGCAUGCUGCAAAUAGUUUGUAUUUAGAAGCAAAAUAUGAAUCAAACCUCAAUUUGAAGUUUGUGAUGCCACAAAGUAACUACAUGGCACAGUUUCAAUGGCCUAAUCAAACUCCUAAUUGA